AUGCGAAAAGGGUUUUUGUCUUGCAAGCCUCUCAAUUUUCAAAAAUCUUCAAUCUUUAGUGAAGGAUGGCGAAGAGAAUCCUUUAUCAUGAGUGUACUUCCAUGGCAGUAUCAAGCGAUGACGAAUGCUUAUCAAAGGAGGCUUAAUCAUACAAAAUAUAUCUCUUCAUUGAAAAUAUUUGAAAAGGCACUCAUCACUGCAUCACGUAACAACAACGUUGCACUGGUUACUAAUGAAUAUCAUCAAAUGAAUGACCCAAACCCAAAUAUUCACUCAACAACGGUGUUAACUCAUUCAUAUUCUGAUCUUGUUCGAGAUAGUGGAAUAUAUGCCAACAUGAUUACAGAAUUGUAUAAUAAUAGCGUUGGUGAAACAAAAUCAGAAUGGGAUGUCACAAAAUCUAUCAAAAUUCUUCCCCAUUCACGAAUUUGUUUUUUAUUCGACCCCAGUUAUGAAUAUGUCAUAACGUUGUGGUCAAUUUGGAGAACAAAUGCCGUUGCUGUUCCACUCAGCACCUCACACCCAACCAAAGAACUCAAGUACUACAUUGAAGAUUGCAAAUGUGACAUGGUUAUUUAUCAGCCUGAUAAAAAUCACCUAUUAGAGCCACUAUUUGCAGAGUUAAAGAAUGUAAAAUUUAUUGAAUUUGAUAAUAGCAUCUUGUCAAGGAAUGAACACCAACACGAGGUACCUCAAGUGAUUGAUUUGAAAAGAAAUGAAAAAGAUGAUGGAUGUCUCAUAAUCUACACUUCUGGAACUACAGGAAACCCUAAGGGUGUAGUUUACACAUAUUCCAAUUUAUUGAAUCAACUUGAUGUACUUGUGAAUGCAUGGGGUUGGAACGAGAAGGAUCAUAUUCUCCAUGUGUUACCCCUUCAUCAUGUCCAUGGAAUUACCAAUGCCUUGUGUUGUGCAUUGUAUGCUGGUGCUACUGUUCAAUUCUGCAAAUUUAAUCCCAAUAUUGUUUGGAAAAAACUUACUAAUAUUGAAAAAGAAAAUGUAGAAAAGAUUGGAAAGGAAAUUAAUGUUUUUAUGGCAGUUCCAACUAUUUAUGUCAAACUCAUUCACUUGUACGAAGAACUACCCAAAGAUCUACAAGAGAAAUAUUCUACAGAAAUUAAGAGGAUGAGAUUAAUGGUAUCUGGAAGUAGUGCAUUACCUACACCAGUAUUUUCAAAGUGGCAGGAAAUUACCUCCCAUGCACUUCUCGAACGCUAUGGCAUGAGUGAAAUCGGUAUGGCACUCUCGAAUCCCUAUACACCACAGAGCAAACGAAAAAUGGGCAUGGUUGGUUUCCCACUUCCAACCGUGCAAGUGAAAAUUAUUGACUUUGAAACCAGAGAAGAGAUUACGUCUCCAAACCAACCAGGAGAGCUUUUAGUGUUAGGCCCAAGUGUGUUUAAGGAAUAUUUUAACAGACCUGAGGCAACCAAGAAAACUUUUACAAGUGACGGAUGGUUUAUUACGGGUGAUACAGCGUUGUUUGAUGAAGAGGGGUAUUACAAAAUUUGUGGAAGGACCAGUGUUGAUAUUAUUAAGAGCGGUGGAUACAAAAUCUCCUCUCUGGACAUUGAAAGAGUCAUACUUGGAAUGAGUAAGGUCAAGGAAUGUGCAGUAGUUGGAAUUCAUGACGAAGAGUAUGGUGAAAGAAUCGCUGCCAUUGUUGUACUUCGUCACAGCAAUGACACUCUAACUUUGGAGGAACUGCAAGAAUUCUGUUCCAAAGAAUUGGCUCGAUACAAGUUACCCACUCGUUUGAUUCUACUUCAACAAGAAAUUCCAAAAAACGCAAUGGGAAAGGUCAGCAAAAAGCCACUUGCCUCUCUUUUUGAACAGACAGAAGCUCAACACAAACGUCCUCAUGACAAGCAUUUACAACACGUGCUUCAUUCACCUCAUCAUGGUGGAAACAAGUAG